GCGCUCAAGCAUAGCCAGGACCAACACUGCCGUGCAAGCUUAAUCAUGCGCUAGCCCCUGCUCUGCCGAAUUUUCGUGGACUUAUAGUCCAUGGUACAAGGAGAAAGUCAACCACAGAGUUUUUGAAAAAUCCACCACUAGUUGAAGCUUCGAGUGCAAAGCUGAUCUACAGCAGUUGGAUGAUUGGAGGUCACAACUCUGAGGCGGCAACGAGUCCGUGAUGGAUACUGAAAAAGAACCUGGUUCGGAUUCAUCCAGUGUCUUGAGCUUGGUUCAGCAAAGACCCAGGACCAAAGAUGGACACUGGAGAAUGAAUAGAAUGAGAAAGCUGAGACAUUCGUCAACCGAAUCACGGUCUCCAUCGUCCGCGACCAUAGAUACCUGGAGGACUAUGACAUCAUCCCUCCAGCCAGAGCCUUCCAAGCUUCGAUGUCUUCAAUGGAGCCGCAUCAUUCGGAAAUCCCAAUGGAAUGUCGCGUUCAAAUUGGUACAGAAGCUUCCAACCCUCAGAGUGAAGCAGAGCGUUUCCCAUUACAACUCACUGAUUUCAUCCUCACGUCUGUGGCUUGAGGCUUUGAGCCACUUUCAGAGCCUUUUGCUCGUAGGCCCGCCAGAUGUCAUUUCGUUCAACGCUCUUGGGGGAUGCUCAGGAACGCGGUGGGAUUUGGCACUAAGCCUCAUCAGGGAGGCACACAGAAGCUUACAGCAGAUUGACAGAAUUACCUUUAAUGCACUUCUCAAAUCACUGAAUGAGAUUGACAAGAACCAGAGUCUGCCGAAUGUCAUGAACUCAAGAUGGAUAUUAGGAUUGCAAAAUAUGGAGAUAAUGAACAGCAUGGGUAUACCUCUGCAUAGAAGCACCUCUACACACAUCCUUCAAGCUAUGAGUAUCUCUGCACAAUGGUGCCAAGUGAUUCAAUGUUUGUCCCUUCCCAGAAGAUUUGAUUAUGACCUUGUUUGCUGCAAUGUUGAACUACAUGCCUGCAGCAAAGCUUUUCAAUGGAGAGCUGCAUUGAAAUUGCUGCGCACUUUUCCCCAACUCUUUGUUCGCCCAGAUGCAGUUUCCUACAACAUGCUCACAGGUGACCGGUGGCGACAUGCUUCAGUCUUUUUGCAAGAAAUGAUAGCUGGGAGCAUCCGUGCCACGAUGAAAUGGUACAAUCGUGCUGGUCACGUUGCUUCUUCAGAUGGAAAGUGGUCAAGAACAGUUUCAUUUUUUCAGUCUGCCAAUGAAGCUCAGAUUCAUCCUGAUGCUGUGACGGUCAACACUUGUCUGCUGCAUUUGUCGGCUAGGUGGGACCAGGCCUUGGCGUGGUGGAAACAGAUAGCAAGGAAGGUAAAAGGUGAUCAAGUCACCCAUGCUAUUCUCAUGUCGAUCAAGACCUGGAUGGAGAGUUUGGCUUUCCUGCAGGACUUACGUUGGAAUCGGCACGAACUAUCAUGCAUGAUCUGCAGCGCAACAAUCAAGACAAUUGAGAGAAGCAAUUGUUGGACUGCAGCUUUUGACCUUUUGCAACAUUCGAAUGCCGAUGUGACCAGCUACAGUGCAACAGCAGCAUGCCUUCAAGAGGAGAUUUGGCCACAGGCUCUUUGUUUGAUGAAGACUAUUAGCCAAGAAGGGCUGCAGAAUGAUGUAAUUUCUUUGAAUUCUGUUUUGAGCGUUCUUGGACGGCGAUGGAACUUGGCUGCGCAAGUCUUCGAAAGGAUUUUGUCAGCUCAACUUGAAGCAAGUCAGACAAGUCAUUGCUCCGUAUUGCACCUUUUGGACCAGUCAUUGGCAGACUCCAUCGCAGUUCAAACUAGUGCAUCUACAUGGCAGAUUGCCUUGAAGUCCUUGCUGUCAUUUCAUAGUACAGCAGUUGAGCUCGACACUGCAAGCUACAAUGCAGUUCUUGCUUCAUGUGAGAAGUGCAGUCGGUGGCGUGAAUGUCUAUGCUUUCUGGAAGUGAUGGAUAGAGAUCAGGAUGAUUUGCCAGAUGAACUGACUUUCAAUGCAGUGAUUUGUGCCUGUGAGAAGGGUGAGUUGGCCGAUGUUGCCAUCUCCACUUCUCGGCCGAUGUAUUGAGGGGUAUUGAGAAUGAGGUGGACGGGCACAUUUUAGGAUGUGAAUCGUUCCCGAGCAAUACCACAACGUCGAGUCUGAAAAGAUAUCCGAAUGGGCUGCGAUGCGGACCAUUACUAGAGAGCCAGACGCAUAAGGAAACUUGGAC